GCUGCCUGACCGGGGCCUGCCCUACCACCAGCCAAAGCAUGGGACAGCCCGUUCAACCCUGGCAGUGCUCAUCAGGUUGUCAGGGCAGGACAGGCCCUGCAAACCUGGUACAGACAAGAGCCAACUGCUCCCAUUCCAGUGAGCCUAGAAGCUUCCUGUGGUGGCUGGGCCCCUCCACAGCUCACCCCAUCUUCUGCUGCUUGUUGAUCCUUACAGUCGCUCCCAGCAGAGUGAUGUAGGCACCAAUGUAGGCCAGGCACCAACCUCCAGAUAUUCAAGGUGGGUGUUUCCCACUCCGGCAGUAAAUGCCAAGGUGGUACUUCUCUGAAGUGCUUUCCCUGUGUGAAUGUUUGUGAUGUGCUGUCAUGCCCAGGUUGCUGAUGGCUGAAUGCGUGAGCCCCAUAAAGUACAAAGAACUGAUGGCCUGGCGCCUAAUGGAAAAAUGGGCCCAUCAAACUGACUGCUGUAGUCAGGGCUCAAAGAGUAAUGUACAGUGUGCUUCAUGCUGUCACCUGCAUCUCUCUUCACCUGUCUUAUGGCAAGGUGAAGCUCACAGGCUGACUUUGCCUUCCCUCCAGUAUGAAAAAUGAGCUGGCUCUGAAUUACAUGCUGUCAGACCUCCUGCUUUGUUGUGUGCACUCUUCUUCUGUCCAGCACAAAGUCUGAGUACCAGUAUGCAGGAGAAAGCUAUGUGAGAAAAAUAGCAGUGUUUGAAAAGGUACUCAUCAGCUGUGGGUCCAGGCUACAUCCUUCCCUUUCAAACAAAGCAAUCCCAGAAAAAAAGAGAUAAGCUGGGCUGUGCGGGAACGAGAGGAACUUUGGAGAUAUGAGGUUACUAGACCUCAAAAUAGAACCAGAUAACAUGAGUUGCUUGAGGCAAAAAUUGACAAAUGAUAAAUAGAAUGGUGUAUGGGGAGUCUGUUGGGUCAGGAGGCCUUUACAGCAUGACAUUGCUGCAUUGUUCUACUAUGUUGCAUCUACUGCAGCUGUCGAGUUUGCCUUGAACUCUUCCCCAAGUAUCUUGGGUUCUGAGGCUUUAAUUUCCAUUAAUAAUGAAUGGUUUUCCCAUUUUUAAACAAAGCUGCUCCUUUCAGAUCCUUCUCCUUCAUGGAUCCUCUUUCCUCCAGAGUACUCCCAGAGAUUUCUGUUAACGUGUAGCUAAUCUUUAGUGAUUAACGUCAUUCUGGUUCCUCGUAGGUCGGCAAGCACCUAAUCAGCAGCCAAAGGCAUAUGCCUCUUUACUUUUUUCCUUAUAAAUCUCAAUAUACUUAGAUUUUUCAAGGCUGCUUCCUCUAUUGCCAUCAUCUAUUGUAAACAUAAUACUGCCUUUGUGUCACGAGUGCUUUGGUAUAAUUUUUCAGCACUCUAAUGGCUGAUCCACACCCAUCCUCUAUAUCUUAGCUGGGGAGCACAAGCUGUAUUUCCUGAGGCAGGCUUGCAGCAUGCUUAUCCUCUUUUCUACAUUGUCUGGGCAAGCCAUGUUUAGGAGAAAACACAAACACCAAACAGAGACCUAAGCGGUGAGGCAACCUUGUGCCUAGGCUACACUUAUGCCUUCCUAGGGAAAUGAAGUAACUUCUGAACUCCUAGGCAGAUGAAGAAAUUAAAUUAAGUGUUCUCAGCUUCCAAAGGAGCUGGCAGCAGACUCACCUGCCUGGAGUACCACAAUUUGCCCUGCUGGGCUGGGCUCAAUCACACCUGCCAGCAAUUAGGCGAUCAGCAUCCAGGUGCCCUAAGAACGUGGAUUCAGCCCACUCUCCUCAUCUACUGUCUCCUCUAGCAGUCCUGACUGUUCCUUUGUGGGCUGCUGCCUGGAAUAGUUAUUGAGUGCCUCCCACCAUGAAGCUAUGGCCCUUGACUGUGAGAGACUGUCUUGGACCAGCCUGCUCUCCACUCAAAAGCAGAAUGCAUCUGGAUCCUUUUAGGUUUGUCUUGGAACCUGGGCAGUUGCGUAGAGAUAAUCAAGGUUCCUUUCAACCAUGAUGAAACCUAGGAUACAGAUGCUUCUGAUUCUGGCAGUUCUGUUUGUUCUUCUGAUCCGCUUCCACUUCCUAACCUGCAGCAACAGUGCCUCCCUGGAAUUAAAAUCUUCUGCAGUCCACAUCCUCAUCCUCUCCUCCUGGCGGUCAGGAUCAUCCUUCACUGGCCAGCUUUUCAGCCAGCACCCCAGUGUCUUCUACCUGAUGGAGCCUGCAUGGCAUGUAUGGGUUACAAUGUACCAGAACAGCGCCAAAGUCUUGCACAUGGCGGUGCGGGACCUGGUCAGGUCAGUCUUUCUCUGUGAUAUGUCUGUUUUUGAUGCCUACAUGUCUAGCGAGAAGAAAAAGUCUGACUUAUUUCAGUGGGAGAAAAGCCGAGCUUUGUGCUCCCCUCCUGCCUGUGACUUCUUCAGUCGCAGCGACAUAAUCUCUGCAGGAAACUGCAAAGCUCUCUGUGGUAGAUACUCAUUCAGCAAGGUGGAAGAAGCUUGUAAAACCUACAGCCAUGUUGUCAUCAAGGAGGUUCGCUUCUUUGACCUGAAGGUCCUCUACCCACUUCUCACCGAUCCAUCCUUGAACCUCAAAAUAAUUCACUUGGUCCGUGAUCCUCGGGCUGUGUUCAGGUCCCGAGAGAAUACAGUGGCAGAGCUGAAACGUGACAGUGACAUUGUUGUGGGGUCCCAGAAGGCAAAGGGAGAACUGGGACCUUACAACACAAUGCAAGAAAUCUGCAAAAGCCAUGUUGAGAUUUACAAGGCAGGCAGCCAGGCUGUUCCCAGCUUUCUGAAGGAUCGUUACCUGCUAGUUCGUUACGAAGACAUUGUCAGAGAUCCACUAAGAAAGGCUGCUCAGAUGUAUAGGUUUGCAGGACUCCAUUUCACACCAGAACUUCAGAAGUGGGUGCACAAUAUUACCCAUGGGAAGGGAAAAGGAGAACGAGCAUUUGAUACUGGAUCCAGAGACGCACUGGGCACAUCUGAGGCCUGGAGAAACACGUUUCCCUUUGAAAAAAUAGAAAAAGUUCAAAGUGUGUGCAAGGAUGCAAUGGACUUACUGGGGUACCGGCUAGUUCAGUCUGAAGAAGAACAGAAAGACAUGUCACUGAAUCUUUUGUUUGGACAGAACAAAUUCUGAAUGCAGAAAAGCUGCUUUCUGUACCUCCUCUCUGAAUGCUGCAUGGUGGUGGACUUAUACUGAAGAGGGUAGAGGUAUAUCAGUGGGUGGGUGGGUGAGGUCAGGUACUACAGGAGUGCUGGCAGCACUUAUCACAGUUUUACCAGCAACAGCACAGGGUAACUCUCAAGCUACAAUACAGGCUGGAGUAAUGCAAAUCUGUUAUCCAAAUUAAGUUUGGGGUGUAUGGGAAAGAGGAAUUAUGUGUAGAUGGAAGCAAACAGGCUGCCAGAGGAAUGGAAUUGGGUGUCAGAGCUCAAACCCCUCCACAAGCCACAGCUAAGUACUGGAGAAACUAUGUGGAACAACUGCACUGUAAUGGAAGAGGACAUAUAAAUGGAAGCCAAAGGAAGAGAACAUUCUUUGUCAUGCUGCCACUUGGGAACAUAUAAAGCUGGAAGAGAGACAACGAUAAGCAUAUGGUGUUUUCUGGACAGCUCUCCC